UUUAUAUAUACUAAAACAAUUUUAAUUAAAAGAAAAUAAGGUACCAUGGAUACAUAAAAAUAUAUGUUAUUUCUUAAGAUAGUGAUAAUAUUAAUAUAUACCAGUCCAUAUAUUUAUCAAAAUAAAUAAUAUUUUUCGUAGUCCGAUAAUCAUUACUAUAAAUUCAUAAUACCACAUGUAGAUGUAUAUUUUAUUUAUAUAUAUAUAUAUAAACCCUAACGCCUUACCACUCAAUAACCAUCAAAACUUUUCUUCUCGUUUCGCUAACUCAAGGCUUCAAAAAGUAAAAAAAACAAUGAAGAAUGUCACACUUGUUCUUGCUAUGAUCCUCUUCUUAAGCUGUGUCACAUCCAAAGUUACAGCAACAGAACUAGAGUCAUCAACUAACCAAGAGCUCUUCCUAUCGCGGCACUUACCUCGCUUUCACCCCAAGCAACAUUGGCCGUUCCGUGGCUCCGGAAAAGCCUUCCCUGCAGGCCACUUCCCACUAACUCCGUUCCAUCUGCCACAGGUAGUCACCAGAUGCUUGAACGACAAGAAGGAGGCAGGUACAUGUUUUAAUGAUAUCGCUGAGACUUUCUUCACCAGGAAAGCCGCUAUUGGAUCGGAAUGUUGCGCCGCGAUCAAGAAGAUGAACAAAGAUUGUGAGAAGACCGUCUUUGGAUCUUUCCAUGACCCCUUCUUGACCGGCUAUGUCAAGCUACAUUGCUCCACCGUUGUUGGAUCUACUUCACCUCCUCCUUCACAGGCUCCUUUACAUGCUCCUUCUUCACAGGCUCCUUCACAUGCUCCUUCACAGGCUCCUUUACAUGCUCCUUUACAUGCUCCUUCACAGGCCCCUUCACAGGCCCCUUCACAUGCUCCUUUACUGCCCCCUUCGCAGGCUCCUUCACCGGCUCAGUGAUUUAGCUAUUUGAUAGAAUUAUUCAAGUGUUGAUGUCCUAGGGAGUUUUAGUUUUUUUCUUGUUUUAAAAUUUUGUGUUUAUUUUGAGAAAACCGUCUUUGGAUUUUAACUUCACUUUGAUUU